AUGGCCUCCUCCAUAGACACCUUCAUGUCCUAUCUGCGCCUCCCCCUCCUCGCCUCGUCUGGUGUGGCCGCCCUCCUCAGCGGUCUGCUUUACUUCAAGCAAAAUGAACUCAUCUAUCCACGAAACUUUCCGCCCGAUGCACGCACCAAUGUCCCCCGCCCGUCGCAAUUCGCCAUCCCCGACUUUGAGGAACUCUUCAUCCCCACACCCGACGGCGAAUCCCUCAGCGCCUUCCUUAUACGGGCCAACAAGCAGCAUGCGCGAAACGUCACAGUGCUCAUGUUUCAUGGCAAUGCAGGGAACAUUGGCUACAGGCUGCCCAUAGCGAAGGUACUCGAGAAUGAGCUGCGGUGCAAUGUCCUCAUGUUGCAGUAUCGCGGCUAUGGUCUGUCCUCGGGCAACCCCAAUGAAAAGGGCAUCAUGAUAGACGCCCAGACCGGCCUUGAUUACAUUCGACAGCGCCAUGAACUGCGCGAUACGCGCAUCGUCCUCUACGGCCAGAGCCUAGGGGGCGCUGUUUCCAUAGGGCUUGCAGCCAAGAACCAGAAGCAGGGCGACAUUGCUGCCAUCAUCUUGGAGAACACGUUCACGUCCAUCAAGAAGUUGAUACCCAGUGCUUUUCCGCCUGCUCGGUUCCUUGCGCCUCUUUGCCACCAGAUCUGGCCCAGCGAAGACACGUUGCCGCAAAUCGAGAAGAUACCCAUCUUAUUCCUCAGCGGGCUUCAAGACGAAAUUGUCCCGCCUUCGCAUAUGAGCAGGCUGUUUCAGGUAUGCCGAAGUCCCAAGGUUUGGAAAGAGCUAGCCAACGGAAGCCACAAUGAUACUGUUGCGGAGCCUGGCUACUUUCAGUACAUUGACGAGUUCCUGGGCGAAUAUGUCGCACGUUGA